AUAGGGGGAGGAGUUUCCAAGCCAUCUUUAUAGAAGCGCUAACGUGCUGCAUCUGUCUCUUGAUCUGGAGAAAGUUCGUCUGUGUCUUAAAUACAUUGAUUUCGAGUAAAAGAUAUACCUCUGAAAUAAUGUCUGGCAGGAAGUUUUUCGUUGGUGGAAAUUGGAAAUUGAACGGUGACAAAAAAAGCAUCGAAGAGCUCGCCAAUACAUUGAAUAACGCCAAACUCAACCCAGAAACCGAGGUUUUGUGCGGUGCCCCAUCCAUCUACCUCGACUUUGCCAGGUCUAAGCUCGAUGCUAAGAUUGAUGUGGCUGCACAGAACUGCUACAAGGUUGCAAAAGGUGCCUUCACUGGAGAGAUCAGCCCUGCGAUGAUUAAGGACUGUGGAGUAAAAUGGGUGAUCCUGGGACACUCUGAGAGACGUCAUGUGUUUGGAGAGAGUGAUGAGCUGAUUGGCCAGAAGGUCGCUCAUGCUCUUGAGAAUGGUUUGAGUGUGAUCGCCUGCAUUGGUGAGAAGCUGGAUGAGAGGGAGGCCGGGAUCACUGAGAAAGUUGUUUUUGCCCAGACCAAGGUCAUCGCAGAUAACGUGAAAGACUGGAGUAAAGUGGUCCUCGCUUACGAGCCUGUCUGGGCCAUCGGCACUGGCAAAACAGCAUCGCCCCAACAGGCUCAGGAAGUGCAUGACAAGCUCAGGCAGUGGUUGAAGGCCAAUGUCUCAGAGGCUGUUGCAAACUCUGUGAGGAUCAUCUAUGGAGGGUCUGUCACUGGAGGAACAUGCAAGGAGCUUGCCUCUCAGAAAGAUGUGGAUGGCUUCCUGGUGGGUGGUGCUUCCCUGAAACCAGAGUUUAUUGACAUUAUUAAUGCAAAAGCAUAAUUAGCUCAAGCCAUCGUCUAUCUAAGCACUAGGGCUUAGGUCUGGUCCCAAAUCCUUUUCUUCUUUAGAAAGUGCCAUUUUGUUGCUUUUGUUUCAUUUUCAUUGUCCUUUUUUUAUUGUUAUUAUAAAGGGCCAGAUUGACACGUAAAAAACACUUAAGGGAUCUGUUCCUCUGAAAUAUUGUAACAUGUGCUACAUGUGUGUUACUAAUCCCUCACACUCACGCACUGAACUACAGAACUGUAAAAAGAACCAGCUUAGGGCCUAUGCCUUUACUUGAAAAAUGUUUACCAACAUGCAUGUGUACACAGUGUCAAAAAUAGUCAAUCAACCUAUGUCUUUUAAGUGGAAAUGCUUACCAUGAAUGUGGUUGUCCUUUGAAAAUUUUGUGAAUUCGCUUGAGUGGCCUAUGCCCUGAAAGAAAUGCUCAUUGUGUGUAAUGGCUAAUUACAUUGUUUAAAAGAUGAGGUAGAAAUACUGUAAUAAAUGUUUCAUGGG